UUCCACUCCGCCUCUUGAUCCCCUCCACACGUCGAGCAAAUUCUGCGUCCCCCCCCCUCCACAGUCCGCCCGGUCCGCCGGCCGCACGGUGCCGAACUCCCACCCUCUCUCUUCCUUCCACACGUCUCAACGGCUGACGCGCCCAGGCCCGCUUCGUUUCUUUAGCCAAUCAGCGUCCUCGCGGCCUGCUCCGGCACGUUUUGGGGGAGGUGCCUGCAGGACCCAACGUACUCAAUGAGCUUCCAGCGCAAUGUCCGAUCGCUCGGGGCCGACUGCCAAGGGGAAGGAUGGAAAGAAGUAUUCCUCGCUCAACCUGUUUGAUACGUAUAAGGGCAAGUCCUUAGAGAUCCAGAAACCCGCUGUUGCCCCUCGCCAUGGCCUGCAGAGUCUCGGGAAAGUUGCCAUUGCCCGGCGUAUGCCACCCCCAGCCAAUCUUCCAAGCCUAAAAGCCGAAAACAAAGGCAAUGACCCCAACGUCUCACUAGUGCCGAAAGACGGAACAGGAUGGGCAAGCAAACAGGACCAGUCCGACCCCAAGAGUUCCGAUGCCUCAACCGCUCAGCCGCCGGAAUCGCAGCCACUGCCGGCUUCACAGACGCCUGCCUCCAACCAACCGAAACGACCCCCAGCAGCCCCCGAGAACACUCCUUCCGUUCCAAGCGGGGUAAAGUCCUGGGCACAAGCCAGCGUCACCCAUGGAGCACAUGGAGAUGGUGGAAGGGCAUCAAGCCUACUGUCACGAUUCUCUCGAGAGGAAUUUCCGACCCUGCAGGCGGCUGGCGACCAGGACAAGGCUGCCAAGGAAAGGGAGUCUGCCGAACAGUUGUCUGGGCCAGGACCAAACCUCCGCCCCCAAAAUUCUACAACUUGGAGGGACGGAGGUGGGCGUGGCCCUGAUGACCUGGAGGGCCCGGACUCCAAACUUCAUCAUGGCCAUGAUCCCCGGGGGGCGAUGCAGCCUUCGGGCCCGCCCCAGUUCCCUCCUUAUCGCGGAAUGAUGCCGCCCUUCAUGUAUCCCCCAUAUCUCCCGUUCCCUCCUCCCUAUGGACCCCAGGGGCCUUAUCGAUAUCCUACUCCUGAUGGGCCCAGCCGUUUCCCACGUGUGGCAGGCCCCCGGGGCUCAGGGCCACCAAUGCGCCUAGUAGAGCCUGUGGGUCGGCCUUCCAUCCUUAAAGAGGAUAAUCUCAAAGAAUUUGACCAGUUGGACCAGGAGAAUGAUGAUGGUUGGGCAGGAGCCCAUGAGGAGGUUGACUACACUGAAAAGCUCAAGUUCAGUGAUGAAGAAGAUGGGCGAGACUCAGAUGAGGAGGGAGCUGAGGGCCACAAGGAGUCCCAAUCAGCCGCUGGUGAGGAACGGCCCCCUGAAGCAGAUGGCAAAAAGGGCAACUCCCCUGGCAGCGAACUGCCACCUCCUAAGACAGCCUGGGCAGAGACCUCUCGGCCUCCAGAGACAGAGCCAGGACCUCCUGCCCCAAAGCCUCCCCCACCACCCCCGCAUCGGGGCUCCGCCGGGAACUGGGGCCCUCCUGGGGACUACCCAGAUCGUGGGGGUCCUCCCUGCAAGCCCCCUGCUCCUGAAGAUGAGGACGAGGCGUGGCGGCAGAGGCGCAAGCAGUCUUCAUCUGAGAUAUCCCUAGCUGUGGAGCGGGCUCGGCGACGCCGAGAAGAGGAGGAGCGACGCAUGCAGGAGGAGCGCAGGGCAGCUUGUGCAGAGAAGCUCAAGCGACUUGAUGAGAAGUUUGGGGCACCUGACAAGCGACUCAAGGGAGAGCCUGCUGCUCCACCUACUGUCCUAACUGCUCCCCCUGCUCCAGCUCCACCACCUGCAGUCCCCAAAGAACUCCCUGCACCUCCCGCUCCUCCAUCAGUACCAGCCCCAGUACCAGAGAAAGAACCAGAAGAGCCAGCACAGGCCCCUCCUGCCCAGUCCACCCCCACUCCAGGUGUGGCUCCAGCUCCCACUCUGGUGAGUGGUGGUGGCAGUACCAGUAGCACCAGCAGUGGCAGCUUCGAAGCCAGCCCAGUGGAACCUCAACUGCCCUCAAAAGAGAGUUCUGAACCACCAGAAGAGAUUCCUUCUCCUGCUACACCUCCAGCCCCAAAGGUGGAACCCAAGGGUGAUGGUGUUGGUCCCACCCGGCAGCCCCCUAGCCAGGGUUUGGGUUACCCCAAAUAUCAGAAGUCAUUGCCUCCUCGAUUCCAGAGGCAACAGCAGGAGCAGCUCCUGAAACAGCAGCAGCAGCAACAGUGGCAGCAGCACCAACAGGGCUCAGCCCCACCUGCUCCAGUACCCCCAUCACCACCACAACCUGUGACCAUGGGAGCUGUGCCAACACCACAAGCUCCACCACCCCCCAAGGCUCUCUACCCAGGUGCUCUGGGCCGGCCUCCUCCCAUGCCCCCAAUGAACUUCGAUCCUCGCUGGAUGAUGAUUCCUCCUUACGUAGAUCCCAGGCUCCUCCAGGGCCGCCCACCACUGGAUUUCUACCCUCCUGCUGUGCAUCCCUCUGGCUUAGUUCCUCGGGAACGCUCAGACAGUGGGGGCUCAAGCUCAGAGCCAUUCGAGCGCCAUGCACCCCCAAUGUUAAGGGAUCGAGGCACUCCACCAGUGGAUCCAAAGUUGGCCUGGGUGGGAGAUGUCUUCACUACACCUGCUGACCCGCGUCCACUUACCUCACCAUUACGCCAAGCUGCUGAUGAGGAUGACAAGGCAAUGAGGAGUGAGACCCCUCCAGUACCUCCCCCCCCACCCUAUCUGGCCAGUUACCCAGGCUUUCCUGAAAAUGGAGCCCCUGGGCCCCCAAUCCCUCGAUUCCCUCUGGAAGAGCCAGCUCCUACAGGGGCCCGUCCACUCCCCUGGCCCCAAAGCAAUGAUGAGGCAGCCAAGAUACAAACGCUCCCCAAGAAAGAAACCCCCAAAGAGGAGACUCCACAGCUGACAGGGUCAGAAACAGGCCGGAAGCCCUCACGUGGAGUUGGAGGCCAAGGCCCCCCGCCACCUCGCAGAGAAAGUCGUACUGAGACUCGCUGGGGCCCUCGCCCAGGCAGCAGUCGUCGUGGCCUACCACCAGAGGAUGCAGGGGCCCCUCCUCGCCGGGCUGGACCUAUAAAGAAACCCCCAGCACCUACAAAAGUUGAAGAGCUGCCUCCCAAGCCCCUUGAACAGGGGGAUGAAACUCCCAAGGUCCCUAAGCCAGACCCACUCAAGAUGGCUAAGGGAAAGAUAGGGGGCUCCAAGGAGACCCCACCUAGUGGGAAUCUGUCUCCUGCCCCAAGGCUUCGAAGGGAUUAUUCCUAUGAAAGAGUGGGUCCUGCCUCUUGUCGGGGUCGGGGCCGAGGGGAGUAUUUUGCCAGAGGAAGGGGCUUUCGGGGGACCUAUGGAGGCCGGGGACGAGGUGCCCGAAGCAGAGAGUUUCGUAGUUACCGGGAGUUCCGGGGAGAUGAUGGGCGGGGAGGUGGGGCUGGAGGACCAAACCAUCCCCCUGCUCCCCGAGGCCGAACUGCCAGUGAGACUCGAAGUGAGGGUUCAGAGUAUGAGGAAAUCCCUAAGCGUCGCAGACAGCGGGGCUCUGAAACCGGCAGUGAGACCCAUGAGAGUGACCUGGCUCCCUCGGACAAGGAGGCCCCCCCACCCAAGGAAGGGGUCCUUACCCAGAUCCCUCUUGCUCCUCCACCAUCAGGAGCCCCUCCAUCACCAGCCCCAGCUCGGUUUUCCACAGCCCGAGGUGGGCGAGUCUUCACUCCUAGAGGGGUGCCAUCACGCAGGGGGCGAGGGGGUGGGCGACCGCCUCCACCCAUUUGCCCUGGCUGGAGCCCUCCAACCAAAUCCUUGGCUCCUAAGAAGCCACCCACAGGCCCUUUGCCACCAAGUAAGGAGCCUUUGAAAGAGAAGCUGAUCCCAGGGCCCCUCUCUCCCGUGGCUCGGGGGGCAAGCAACGGAAAUAGCAACGUGGGCUUGAGUGUGGAAGAUGGGGAGCGGCCCCGAAGGAGACGACAUGGGAGGGCACAGCAGCAGGACAAACCACCUCGUUUCCGGAGGCUGAAACAGGAACGGGAGAAUGCUGCCAGAGGGAUUGAGGGCAAGCCCUCUUCCCUAUCCCUUUCUGCAACCACUCCUGGGCCAGAGGAGGCUCUCAAUACCGUGGCAGUGCCCCCACCACCGCGCCGGGCUGCUGCCAAAUCUCCUGAUCUUUCAAAUCAGAACUCAGACCAAGCCAAUGAGGAGUGGGAGACUGCAUCAGAAAGUAGUGACUUUGCCAGUGAGCGUCGGGGAGAUAAGGAAGCUCCCCCACCAGCACUGCUAACCCCCAAAGCUGUGGGAACUCCUGGGACCACUGGAGGUGGAUCUGGUCCGGGCAUUCCAUCCAUGACUCGUGGAGAUCUGAGCCAUAGAGCCAAGGAUUUGAGCAAGCGGAGCUUUUCAAGUCAGCGGCCAGGCAUGGAAAGGCAGAACCGACGUCCGGGCCCAGGAGGCAAGACUGGCAGCAGUGGUGGUGGCAGUGGAGGAGGCAGUGGGGGUCCUGGAGGGAGGACCGGCCCAGGACGAGGGGACAAGAGGAGUUGGCCCUCUCCCAAAAAUCGAAGCAGGCCCCCAGAGGAGCGAGCCCCAGGGCUUCCUCUGCCUCCUCCACCUCCCAGUAGUUCUGCUGUCUUCCGUCUGGACCAAGUUAUCCAUAGCAACCCUGCUGGCAUCCAACAGGCUUUAGCUCAGCUCAGCAGCCGCCAGGGGAGUGCAGCGGUACCAGGAGGCCACCCAAGGACAAAACCUGGGCCUCCCCAAACUCCUCAAGGACCCUCCCCGAGGCCCCCAACCCGAUUUGACCCCCAGAGGGCAAAUAGCGGUGUCAGUCCUGAUCCCCACUUCGAGGAGCAAGGGCCAGUGGUGAGGAGCAUGGGCAGGACUCCCCGGGAUUCUACCGGGGUUAAUUCCUUCCCUCUCAAGCGUCGGGAACGGCCUCCCAGAAAACCAGAACUGCUGCAGGAGGAAUCUUUGCCACCUCCUCAUAGCUCUGGAUUCUUGGGCUCUAAGUCUGAGGGUUCAGGCCCUCAGGGAGAAUCCAGAAAUGCAGGAACAGAAACCCUGACCCCUCACAUCUGGAAUCGUUUACAUACUGCCACUAGUCGAAAGAGUUACAGGCCUGGGUCCAUGGAGCCUUGGAUGGAGCCCCUGAAUCCCUUUGAAGAUGUGGCUGGCACAGAGAUGAGUCAGUCUGACAGUGGGGUAGACCUGAGUGGGGAUUCUCAGGUGUCAUCAGGUCCCUGCAGCCAGCGAAGUUCCCCUGAUGGAGGACUCAAAGGGGCAGCAGAGGGGCCCCCCAAACGGCCUGGAGGCCCCUCACCCCUGAAUGCUGUUCCUGGUGAGGGUCCACCUGGCUCUGAACCCUCUGAACCUCCUAGGAGACGGCCACCUGCCCCCCAUGAUGGGGACAGAAAGGAGCUGCCCCGGGAGCAGCCUCUGCCCCCUGACCCCAUUGGCACAGAACGAUUGCAGCGGACAGAGCGAGGCCCUGAGCCUGGCUCCCUUCGGGCCCAGAGCCUGGCUCCUUCCCAUCGGCCUGGCCCCCCACCUGUCCAGUUUGGCACCAGUGACAAGGACUCAGAUUUGCAUCUCGUGGUAGGAGACGGUUUAAAAGCAGAGAAAGAGUUAACAGCAUCAGUCACUGAGGCAAUUCCUAUAUCCCGUGACUGGGAGCUGCUUCCCAGUACUUCUGCCUCAGCUGAGCCACAAUCCAAGAACCUGAGUUCUGGGCACUGUGGUUCUGAGCCCAUCUCAGGUCAACGCUUGUACCCUGAGGUCUUCUAUGGCAGUCCUGGGCCUCCCAGUUCUCAGGUCUCUGGAGGAACCAUGGAUUCUCAGUUACACCCCAACAAUGGAGGCUUCCGCCCUGGGACUCCCUCUUUGCAUCCUUAUAGAUCACAGCCCCUGUACCUUCCCCCCGGCCCAGCACCCCCCUCAGCACUGCUCUCCGGGGUAGCUGUCAAGGGCCAGUUUCUGGAUUUCUCAGCACUACAAGCAACAGAGCUGGGGAAGUUGCCGGCUGGAGGAGUUCUUUACCCUCCACCUUCCUUUGUAUACUCUCCAGCUUUCUGCCCCAGUCCUUUACCUGAUCCACCCUUGCUUCAGGUGCGCCAGGAUCUACCAUCCCCCUCAGAUUUUUAUUCUACUCCUUUGCAACCUGGUGGCCAAAGUGGCUUCCUUCCUUCAGGAGCCCCUGCUCAGCAGAUGCUUUUACCCAUGGUGGACUCACAGCUGCCUGUGGUCAACUUUGGCUCCCUGCCACCAGCCCCACCUCCUGCCCCGCCCCCUCUUUCUCUGUUACCUGUGGGCCCAGCUUUGCAGCCUCCCAGUCUGGCUGUGCGGCCUCCACCUGCUCCUGCUACUCGGGUGCUGCCUUCACCUGCCAGGCCCUUUCCCCCUAGCUUGGGGCGAGCCGAGCUGCACCCAGUGGAACUAAAGCCCUUCCAGGAUUAUCGAAAACUGAGCAGCAGCCUUGGGGGACCUGGGUCGUCACGGACUCCUCCAGCUGGAAGGUCUUUUUCCGGCAUCAGUUCCCGUCUCAAGGCCCCACCUUCUAACUACAGUGGAGUCUUCCGCACCCAGCGCAUUGACCUCUACCAGCAGGCCUCCCCACCAGAUGCCCUUCGCUGGAUGCCGAAGCCUUGGGAGCGGACGGGGCCUCCUCGAGAAGGGCCUUCCCGGAGGGCAGAGGAGCCUGGGUCAAGAGGGGACAAGGAGCCUGGGUUGCCCCCACCUCACUAAAGGGAGUUCCCUUUGUGUCCCCCCCUAUUCCCCGGGGCUUGUAUAUAGAUUAUAAAUAUAUAAGGGGGAAAGGGGUGGGUGGGGAGGGGUUGUGGGGCUGGGGCCUCGCUUCCCCUCCUCCCCCUUCCCCUGAUCCCCUAUCCCUGGGGCCGUUUGUUAAAAAAGAAUAAUAAAAGGAUUAAA